UAACACCAAAAUUUUAAUACUACGUCAGCACUCUAAUAACCAACGGAUAUUUCGCAACACUAGGAUUACGGUUACGGCGCGUACGACUGUAUUUUAUUCAACGACAAAAAAACAAAUACAAAUUUUAAUUACUUUAAUUUAUUUUAUGUGUGUGCCGUUUGCGCUGAAUGUGCGAUACCAAAAAUAAUAUAAAACCACAAAGAACAAAAAAAUAAGCAUGAGUAUAAAAAAACAGAAGUAAAAAAUUGUGCCCCGCUCAAAGUUUGCACAGCGAGGCGAAAGCACUGGCACCGCUCAACUUUGCAGUAACAUCGCAGGAGAAAAGCCACAACAUGCUAGCACACCAUAUGCAAUACGUGCUCAUCGCUUGCUGCGCCAUCCCCAUCUUUGGCGCUGCGCUUUCCAAAACAGUGCUUCAUCAGGCGCCCGAUGAGUGCCGCUGGUCAGGCGUCGGUGAGAACGAUAUUACCCUGGUCUGCCACCUGCGCACUAUAAACUCGGAGCUGGAAAACACAAACUUUAGCGUCAUUCAGCCACAAAAUACAGUGCGGCUACGACUUCAAUGUAAUGAUGCGCUCUUCUUUCAGAGCAGUCUUAGCUCAGGCAGUUUUCAAUCGCUGGUCGAGCUGCGCGACCUUACAAUUGAGUACUGCAAGUUGGCAAAUUUAACGGACGGGUCAUUUCGCGGGCUGCACGAGCUACGCAAUCUCACCAUACGUACACACAACGGUGACUGGUCUACAAUGUCGUUGGAGAUGGCCUCCAACAGCUUUGCAGACUUACGCCAACUGGAACGACUGGAUCUUAGUCUAAACAACAUUUGGCUCGUACCUGAUGGCGUUUUGUGCCCACUUCAAGCACUGCAGCAUCUGAAUACUUCAUAUAAUAAAAUCCAGGACAUCAGUAACUUUUAUUUUAGCGCUUCGCUAAUUUCCAGAAAGGCGCGUGUCUGCGGCUCUACAUUGCGAACAUUAGACCUUAGCGCUAACAAAAUUAUAAGCUUGCCUUCGGCAAUGUUAUCGGCACUUAAUCGAUUGAUGUACUUAAAUGUGGCUCGGAACAGUAUGAGUUUUUUGGCUGAUCGAGCAUUUGAGGGUCUACAUUCUCUACGCAUAGUUGAUCUCUCGGCAAAUCGUUUGACAUCGCUACCACCGGAGCUAUUUUCCGAGACAAAAAAGCUAGAGGAGAUCUUUUUAAGAAACAACUCGAUAAAUGUUUUAGCUCCCGGCAUAUUUGGUGAGCUUCCUGAAUUGGUGGUGCUCGAUUUAUCCAGAAAUGAGCUUAGUUCGCAAUGGAUUAAUGCAGCAACUUUUGUAGGUUUAAGGCGUUUGGCCAAGCUCGACCUAUCAUUCAAUAAAAUCAAUCGCCUUGAGAUGCACAUUUUCCGUCCAUUGGCAAAUCUGCAAUUACUGAAGCUUGAGGGAAAUUAUAUUGAUCAGCUGCCCUUAGGUAUAUUUUCCGAUCUCAGUAAGCUGCAUACUCUGAUACUUUCCAAUAAUCGACUAUCGGUCAUAGAGCAACGCACCCUAGAAGGUCUUAAUGAAUUGCAGGUCUUGUCUCUUGACUACAAUCGCAUAGCCAAGGUAGACAGCAUGGCACUGUUGAAUUGCAGCCAGCUUCAGGAUCUGCAUUUAAAUGGGAAUAAACUGCAAACGGUACCACCGGCGUUUAAACACGUGCCAUUGCUUAAAACACUAGAUGUGGGUGAAAAUUUGAUAAGUCAGCUUGAGAACACGAGCAUUAUUUCAUUAGAGAAUUUAUAUGGCCUCCGCAUGACAGAGAACGCUUUGACGUUCAUAAAACGAGGAAUCUUCGAUCGCAUGCGCUCACUGCAAAUCCUGAAUCUUUCCGGCAAUAAUAUAAAAAACAUCGAAGCCGGGGCGCUACAACACAAUUCACAACUGCAGGCUAUUCGUCUGGAUGGCAAUCACUUAAAGGGUAUAGAGGGGCUGUUUUCGGAGUUGCCCAAUUUAGUUUGGCUCAAUAUAUCCGGAAAUCGAUUGGAGAAAUUUGAUUAUUCACAUAUUCCCAUUUGUCUGCAAUGGCUUGAUGUUCGCGCAAAUCGGAUUACACAACUGGGGCACUACUUCGAGAUAGAGAAUCAGCUAAGACUUAGUACAUUUGAUGCUAGCUACAAUUAUCUGACUGAGCUAACAGCUAGUUCAAUUCCUAACAGCGUGGAGGUGCUAUACCUCAACGAUAAUCAAAUCAACAAAAUUCAGCCCUACACGUUCUUUAAGAAGCCCAAUCUCACACGUGUAGAUUUAAUACGCAACAAGCUGACAACACUAGAGCCGAACGCUUUGCGUCUUUCGCCAAUUGCAGAGGAUCAUGCCAUACCAGAAUUUUACAUUGGCCACAAUGACUUUGAAUGUGAUUGCAAUCUUGACUGGCUACAAAAGAUCAAUCGGGAAUCACGCACGCAGCCGCAGCUCAUGGACCUCGAACAGAUUUAUUGCAAGCUUUCCUAUGCUCGAAAAGCGACGCAUGUAUCGCUAAUCGAUGCUAAACCAAAUGAUUUCUUAUGUAAAUAUGAAUCGCACUGCUUCGCAUUGUGCCACUGCUGUGAUUUCCAGGCCUGUGAUUGUAAGAUGGACUGCCCCAGCCGCUGUGAUUGCUACCAUGAUCAAUCGUGGACUUCAAAUGUGGUUGACUGCUCACGUGCUGCCUAUACUCGUGAUCUUCCCGGGCAUAUACCCAUGGAUGCAACGCAGUUGUAUUUAGAUGGCAACAACUUUAGGGAGCUCCAGAGUCACGCAUUCAUUGGACGCAAGCGUCUAAAGAUACUUUAUUUAAAUCAUUCAAGCAUUGAAGAAUUAAAUAAUCGCACUUUUUAUGGGUUGUUGGAAUUGGAGGUAUUACAGCUGCAGCACAAUAGACUGAAUAAACUCAACGGAAAUGAUUUCCAGGGUCUGGAUAAUCUGAAAGAGCUCUACCUGCAGCACAAUUAUAUAUCUAUAAUCGACAUGUUAACUUUUACGCACUUGUAUAACUUAAAGAUUCUCAGACUGGAUCACAAUAUGAUUAGCACAUUUGCUGUGUGGAACUUUCUGCCUUCCUACCUUAAUGAGCUAAAACUGGCUAACAAUCCUUGGAGUUGCAAAUGUGAUUUCAUAGACAAGUUUAGAGAUUACAUAAAUCGUCAUGAAACAGUGGCCGAUCGCCAAAAGCUACUCUGUCAAAGAGCCAGUGAGACAGUUCACACUAAACUUGAAAGGUUCGCCAUAUAUCUGGAGACAGAAGACCUAGCGAAAGUUGUGCAGUGUGGGUCGACAUUGCCAUUUAACCCGGAAAACAAUGCAGAACGCUCUGAAAUGGGUUACACUAACGAGCUACCUUUGGCGAGUAACACAAAUUCCACCAAGAUGAUUUUGACUCGGCCGCCCAAACAUGAAUUUGUACCCAUACUUGUCGCCAUAUUAGCCACGUUUAUUUUUGCCCUGAUAUGCAUUUUACUGCUGUUCAUUUUUCGGCAAGAGGUGCGGGUUUGGUGCCACUCACGCUUUGGCGUGCGUUUUUUUUACAACAGUCAAAAAGAUGAAGAUAAGAACGAGCGUGAUAAGUUGUUCGACGCUUUCAUUUCCUACAGCUCUAAAGACGAAAUGUUCGUGAUCGAGGAGUUAGCGCCCUUGCUGGAAUUGGGGAAAAAACAUUAUAAGCUGUGUUUGCACCACCGGGAUUUUCCAGUCGGUGGUUACGUACCUGAAAACAUUGUGCACGCCAUCGAUAGCUCUAGGCGUACCAUCAUGGUAGUCUCCGAGAACUUUAUAAAGUCAGAGUGGUGCCGCUUCGAAUUUAAAUCAGCUCACCAAAGCGUUCUAAGGGAUCGCCGACGACGGCUCAUUGUAAUUGUUUUAGGUAAAGUUCCGCAAAAGGAUUUGGAUCCUGACUUGCGCCUUUAUCUCAAGACCAAUUCGUAUCUACAAUGGGGCGAGAAGUUAUUUUGGCAAAAGCUGCGCUUUGCUUUGCCUGACGUGCCGCAUAGUCUACGUGGUGCAUCUAGCGGUCAACCCUGCCACGGACCUCUCAGCCAUGUUACCUAUCAUACUCAUCACCACGUUCAUCAGCAGUCGCCUCAGCCUCAGUCACAUCAUCAUCAGUUUAUAUUGCCCCAAGCGCCACACUUGGCCAGCGGGAUUUGCGAACCAAGCGCCGGGGCAGGCAGUAUGCAACUGCUGGCGCACAAAAACAACAAUAUUGGCAGCAAUCAACAGCAGCAAGCGGCUCUGCUAAUGGAUAGAAGUGGGACGAUUCUGCUAAAUGCUCCAUCCAAUCCGCAAAUGAUACCGCUUGAAAGCAGCAUUCAGAAGCACAGCCUCCCACUCCCUCCCAACCAGCAGCACCACCGUAAAGAUGUCCCCGUAAUUCUUGCUGCGCUGACACCGGCUCGCAAUGUGCAUAUGUGAUCACCUCAUUGACGCUGCAGGUUAUUAUACCCUGUACCCUUAUGGUAAAGAGGGUAUAUUAGGCUUGUGCAAAGUAUGUAACACGCAGAAGGAAGCAUCUCCGACCUCAUAAAGUAUAUAUAUUCUUGAUCAGCAUG